AUGCGAGUCGCUCGAACGCUGCUGCAACCGCGACAGUACGGCUCCCCCUUGGCGUAUGCGACGCAGCUGGUGCGCCAGACGGACCUCGACUCGCUGUGGUCGGUGCUCGCGUACCCCCCCAGCGUGCGGCCGGCGUAUCUGUGUCUGCGCGCCUUCAACGUCGAGCUUGCGACGAUCGACGACCAGGUCUCGAAUCCGAUCGUAGGCAGGAUGAGGUAUCAGUGGUGGAGGGACACGAUCAAGCAGACGUUCGAGGUCAGUUCGAGUCGUGAUGCGAUGCGAUGCGCUGCGAUGCGAUGCGCGCAUGCUGCGAAGGCGCGAUCGCGGCGUCAGUAGGAUCGAGCACUUAUCUGCACCCCUUCAUGAUGAUCAACCGACAGCAUCGACCACCCAACCAUCCCAUCGCCCAGCUACUGCAUUCACUGCCCCAGUUCGACCAGCUCUCGGCGUAUCACUUGCUACGCAUCAUCAACGCGCGCGAGCAGCACUUUCUCAACCCCCACUUCCACUCGCUCCAGGACCUCGCAGAGUACUCGGCCUCGACCCAGUCCUCGUUGCUGUACCUUCUCCUCCAAGCCACGGCCACGGCCACGGCCACAUCCACACCCUCACCCCACCCCUCUUCACCAGGCGCUUUGUCGACGGGGAAGCGACAUGAGAAGCUGUUUGAGCACGUCGGCCAUGAACACGACCAUGACCACGACCCCACUUCUUCCUCCGCUCGGGCGUCAUCCGGCACGAGUACGAAACAGGUCGACGACUUGACCUUGGACCAUGCAGCGAGUCACAUUGCCGUGACGAACACCAUCGCCACUUUACUCCGGUCGAUCCCACACCAUGCGCAAAAGAGAAUAAAUGUCAUUCCCACCGAGAUUGGUCAGUCGAUGAAAAAAGGAGUGCCCACCGUUCGUGACAUGGACUUCCGCGAUUAGUCUGACCGCUCUCAUUCCGUGAUCCCCUCAGCCUCGAGAUACGAUCUCAAAGAAGAAGCUCUAUUCCGGCAAGGCCCCUCCACACCGGGGUUGAAAGAAGCCGUCGCGACCAUGGUCGGAAUCGCUUAUGCCGAGCUGAGGACCGCGAGGAGUUGUUUCGAUGGCACAGCUGGAAUACCCAAAAGGGCCAGACCUGUAUUCCUGUCUCUUGUAAGUGCUGACUCGUAGAACGCAACAGAUGUAUCCCGCGCACCGAUGAUACGCUGCAUCGGCGUGCCCGCGUGCUGAUCUUCUCGCUGUCUUGAAAUCUCACACCAGACCCCCGCACGCUCAUGGCUCGAUCGACUUGCCAAGGAAGAUGGUGACAAAGCCUUCGAGGUCUUCGAUCCUCGCGUCUUGCGCACAGAUUGGAAGCUACCUGUCCAAGUCUGGCGAGAUUCGAGGAGGGCCCUUUUCUGA